GCCCCGCCCCCGGCGGUGGCGGCGGAAGUGACGCAGUGCUAUGGCGGAGGCGCCGGGCGCACCGGAGGAGUGCCCCGGGACCGGCAGCGCCCAGGCGGGCAGGGCGGCCGCUUGCCAGGGAUGCCCCAACCAGGGGCUGUGCGCGGCCGGCGCGGCCGGGCCGGACCCGGCAGAGGCGGCGGAGCUGCGGGCGCGGCUGCGGGCGGUGCGGCACACGGUGCUGGUGCUGUCCGGCAAGGGCGGCGUGGGCAAGAGCACCUUCAGCGCCCUCCUGGCGCACGGGCUGGCGGCGGACGAGACCAAGCAGGUUGCCCUGCUGGACAUAGAUAUCUGUGGGCCAUCGAUUCCUAAAAUGAUGGGUCUAGAAGGAGAACAGGUUCAUCAGAGUGGAUCUGGAUGGUCUCCAGUGUAUGUUGAAGAAAACUUAGGUGUCAUGUCAGUGGGGUUCUUGCUUAGUAGUCCUGAUGAUGCUGUCAUCUGGAGGGGACCAAAAAAGAAUGGGCUGAUCAAGCAGUUUCUGCGUGAUGUGGACUGGGGUGAAGUGGAUUACCUGAUCGUGGACACGCCCCCAGGAACAUCAGAUGAGCACCUGUCCAUUGUGCAGUACCUCAGUGCCACCCACAUUGACGGUGCUGUCAUCGUCACCACCCCCCAGGAAGUGUCACUUCAGGAUGUUCGGAAGGAGAUCAACUUCUGCCGCAAAGUGAAGCUGCCCAUCAUAGGUGUUGUGGAGAACAUGAGUGGCUUUGUGUGUCCUAAGUGUAAGAAUGAAUCUCAGAUCUUUCCCCCGACUACGGGUGGUGCAGAGAAGAUGUGCCAGAACUUGAAUGUUUCCUUCCUGGGUAAAGUGCCUCUGGAUCCACAGAUAGGAAAAAGUUGUGAUGGAGGCCAGUCUUUCUUGGCUGAAGCACCUGAGUCUCCAGCUACGCUAUCUUACAGGAGUAUCAUUCAAAGAAUUCAGGAAUACUGUGAACAACACCAUUUGCAAGAAGAAAAGAUAAUGUAAUCUGUAAAUGGAACAAAAAUGUAGUUCAUGUUUAAUUAUAGAAAAGUAACUUAUGCCUUGAUUUAUUAAAGGAAUGUAUUCUUUUUGUAUAUUGCAAAUAAAUUCUUAAUAUAAAGGC